AUGGCCAGUGACAGGGCAACAGAACUUGCAGACCAUAAGAGAAGGGUCUUAUCCCAAGUUUUGCAAGCAGGGCAGCCUCAGAGGAAUAAGGUUGAGGUAGGCCUUGUUGCCGGUCUUCUCAGAAUGGAUCCUGAUGGACCUCUUCAUCAUAGUAUUUUUCCCCAUCAGCACGAUAGAGUCUCCACGAAGUCCUUGCCUAAUAUUCUGCAACUAGUUCGAUCCGACAUUGUCGGCCGCGGCGAUGAGGACCUGGGUGUACUGAUCAAGAAGCUGGCACAGCUUCUGAUCAUAAGCGAUCUUCUUUUCGGCCUUCGAUGUUUUCACCGCCAUUGA